AUGCGGGUCCGUCUGGUUUCUGCAUCCGCUCCAAAGGUGCAAAUGGCUUCUGCUCCUCGUGGCACAGGCUGUGGCGCUGGGGCACCUGCCGCGCCCGCCCCGCAGGUAACGCCGCACCAUGUCGCCAUCAGAGUUGGUGAGGUGCGAACGGCUGCUGGCUGCACGUCUCCACCUCGUAUGCUUAAACCUGGUCGCUGA